GCUGUACCAUGCGGGCCGUGGCAUUUGUGACCGGGUGUGGUCCCCGCGCGCGAAGAAUUCGCGCACGUGCUGAGUGCCCGGCGCUACCGGUGGCGUUCGCCACCCCGCCGGUCUCGUCCUCCGCUAUAUCUUCGUCUUCCUCGCCAGUGAAACAGAGCUCGAUCGAACCGAGCGAAUUUCAGAAGAAAGAGGAAGAAGAAAAACCAGAGUUUUAGAAGGAUUCGACGUCUCCUCUCACAAAACCGGGCGGAGGGAGGAAGAAUGGAGAGGGAUUUCUUGGGAACUCACUCCAAAAAUUUCCAUCCUGAUCCAGCUGCUUUAGCAGGUUCACCGCUGCAGUGGCCUUUCUCCAACAAGGCGUCCGCCAUGCAGCAGUUCAUGCUGUACAAGGCUUCGCAAGAGGAGGGUCCAAGAAGCCAGGCUUUGAGACCUCAACAUCUGCCAAAAGCCGCCGCCUUCGAGCUCAAUCACCAUGCUUUAGUAUCUCAGAAUUUUCCUGGCCGGCACUCAAUCCAUGGCUCUUUUAGCUCUUCGAGCCGCCAUUUCACCAUUCCCCUCGCUGGAAACCCUUACUUCAAGGUUCAGAACGCUCACUACUCUGCUCCUAAUUCAGCGAUCAAGUCCACAAAGAAGCAGCCCUUCGUAGGAGGAGGAGUUGAAGUUGGCUCCUUUGGCCAUAGGAACAUGGCAAAGCAAAACCACAAGGCGGCUGCGCAGCUGACAAUCUUCUAUGGCGGCUGUGUGAAUGUCUUCCACGAUGUCCCAUUCGACAAGGCUCAAGCAGUAAUGUCAUCCUUGGCGAAUUCAGGGCCAAAUACGGCUUCAAAUGGCAAGAAAAUCCGAUCUGAAGCAUCACGACCCAUAUCGAAUUCUGUCAGUUCUAAACAAUCUUCAGCUCGAGUCGUGUCGCCUCCUUCAACUGCAUCAACAGCGCUUAAACUUGUGGCGCAUCCAAUUUCAGUGAACCAACAACAGGCCAUUCCAAGAGCCAUACCUCAAGCUCGAAAGGCGUCGUUGGCACGGUUCUUGGAGAAGCGCAAAGAGAGGUUGACCAGUGCCGUGCCUUAUGCUUCCACCAAGAUAUCGACAGAGAACAACGACUGGGGACAUAAUGCAUCAUCAAGCACGUCUAACUCAUCAGCUGAUACCAAUCUUUCGAGCUACCGAAUGACCUCAUCUUUUGCAGGGCACCUCAAGAACAACAGCAGGGAUGCUUUAAGCAUUAAGCUAAAGAUAUAGAUCUGCAAAAGCAUAUUUAUUGUGCUCAUUUUAGUGCCAAAAAUUUGCAGAAAUUAUUACACUGCUAUGUAGUCGCUUAGUCAUCAAUUAAGGAUAUGACUCAGUUUGUGUU